CGAGCCAGAAAAUACCAAGCAAACUCAUAGUUAAUGGAGAGCAUCAAGAAGUAAUGGAGUUUCGGGAAAUUAAAGGUUACCUCCCCCUUCCCCCUACCGGUCAAGAAGUUAUUGCUACUCUAACCAUCACAUACUCAUCACAAUCCACUGCUAAAGACAUCAGUAAUGGCAAUGUCAGACCAGAAAGUAUUGAGAACUUGCUCAAAAUUGAUGAGGAUGGUAGGUACUGGACAUUUGUAGAUAUAGUUGCCUUUGACAAUUAUAAGGAGUGGAGUUACACAUCAUGCAAAAAUUGUAGUCGCAAGGUUACUCCAAGAGAUUGGUUCGACAGGACAUAAAAACAAUAGCCCUAUAUUGAGCAGGGUUGCUAGACAAGUCGUUGAUGUUGAGGAUUUUUCAGUGAAGCAUACGCAUUUUGCCAAAUCGUUAUCACGUGGAUCAAGAAAUUGAAGACAUUCAUAAAACAAGGAAAUCUUGAUUAAGGCUAUUACUAAAAUAUAUUUCAGAAAAGACUGAAGGCUGGAAUUGUGUUUUUUGCUAAGCAGCGUUGUUUGCCGAUGUGACAUUUAAACUAUUUUGUUUGAAACCUGUCUAUUUUGAACUUAAUUCGGUCAUUCAAUUGACCUGACGUUUUCAUGUCAUAU